AUGCACCAUCGCUCCCACGACGGAUGCUGGACCUGUAAAGCGCGCCAUCGCAAAUGUGAUCGCUACGAGGUGCGACUGCGCUGGGGUACUGGCAUUGCCUCGCGCGGUCGCUUCACUGGCGCUAAAGUCCCGGUGGUGACAUCAAUCCCCAAGGGCGCACGACAGAGUCAAUCCCUUGCUGCAGCUGAUACAUUAGAGAGGAAUCUCUCUGCACCGGACCCUGCUGGGAUGACGCUCCUCUCAUCCGGAAUUGAUAUCCUGCAUUCGGCGACGCUUCGCGAAGAAAAUCUCCGAUCCACACUCCCGGCGCUGUGCGAACAGUCGAAAGCAUUGUAUGCCGUCUGUCUGGCGCAUCAAGUCUCCCUCUCGUCCAAGCUGCAGUUCCUACGGUCCUUCGAUGCAGCGGUGAAUCUAUUCCGCUCGGAACUUCGCAGCGCCACGGUUCUCAAGGAUGGAACAUUUACUGCGGGAUUACUCCUUUGCAGUACGGGGAUGAUGCAUGGACUUCCCUGGGCCACGCAUCUCCAGGAAAUGCACCACAUUCUCCAGCUCCAUGAAAUCGACACCCCCGAUCCACCGACCGGAUUGCGCGCGCAUCUACUCGACGUCAUGGGGGUGAUGGAUCUCCCGACCUGUAGGGUGGGCGGAAUGAACCCAUCCCUGGGGGUCUGGCGACGAUACUGUCGGAAUCGUCACCCGCGAAAUCCUCAUCGCGUGGAAGUCGUCAGCGGCCUGCCACGGUCCCUGCUGGAUCUCUUUUCCUGUAUCGGAGAGGGGCAGGGUGGCACCACCGAGGACGAUUUCUGGAACUGGCCGGGGACCAAGGGUACUCUGCUGCAGUGUCAGCUGUGGGAAGCCUAUCGACUGGCGGGAGUUCUCACUGUGCGAUGCAGUUCAUACGGUCCCUUGCGUGCGGGGAGUCCGAGGUGUAUGCAGGAUAAGAGGCAGCCAUCGACCGAGGUGCUGGUGGUGCGGAUCCUCAGCCACGUCGAUGCAACCGGUCGAGGAGGAGAUUCCAUUUCCGAGGGAAAAGAUGGGGUGAUGGCACAAGCCGUGCAUUAUCCGGUUUUCAUGGCCGGGUUGCAGACGGAUAUUUUGAAUGGGAAUCCAGAGUUGAAGCCGGUCAUUCGACGCAGUUUCUCAGGCGCGGUGGGCCGAGGACGGGCGCUGUUGGAUCUACUGGAGGAUUGGUGGGAUGAUGGAUCGGCUUGUAUGCAGGCACCGCAUUACUCGAUGGGUCUGAUCUAUGAUGUUGGAUCAUGUAUGGGGUGA